ACAUUUGGAUCCAGUUGAGGACCAUCCCUGAGAUUCAAUGUUUGAUGCUUCUUCAAUGCAGAUGUCUGCUAACUCAACGAGGCAGGCUGUGGCCACCUUCCAAGGCCCUUUCUCUUUCCUGUCUCAGGAACUCGAACAUGACCAGGAAGAUCUUCACAAAUAGCAGGGAGCGGUGGAGACAGCAGAAUGUCAACAGCGCCUUUGCCAAGCUGAGGAAGCUCAUUCCCACUCACCCUCCGGACAAAAAGCUGAGCAAAAAUGAAACCCUUCGCCUGGCAAUGAGGUAUAUCAACUUCUUGGUCAAGGUCUUGGGGGAGCAAACCCUGCAGCAAACGGGAGUGACCGCUCAGGGAAACAUUCUGGGACUCUUUCCCCAAGGAUCCCACCUGCCGGACAGGACUCUGCUCGGUGACUACCAGGUUCCUUCACUUGACCCAAGCCACCACAUUGCAUAGUGGGGCUCUGGCUGUCAUCACCCAGCGGGGCACUUGCUCAGAAGCCACUGGCUGAGUGACUGCCUUUUGCAUGUUCCAGAGUCAACUUGAUGAAUAAAUUUGGGAGGCAUGAAUUUAAGCCUCAUAGGAGGUAGCUUGGGGCCAGCUGCAGGGAGCCAAAAAGAGGCCAUGAGGGAUGUGGCUUUGGAGUCUGUCACCCCCAGGGC